ACAACGGUGAUAGCGGCCUAAUGUCAUGCGUCGUUUAGAGGCUAUAUAAAAUUGUGAAUAUUACUCUGUAAUCAGUGAUAAUUAAUAACAUUCGUAGAAAAAUAAUUUAUUAAUGAUAUUUAUGAUAAAAUUAUUAUUAAAUAAAAAUUCAGAGUCACAAUGGAAAAAGUAUUUGAACAACAACUGGAUCAAGAUACUGGAAAAUCACUAUCAUUAUAUUUCUAUACCAAUGUGAGCAAUAUGCCCGAAUUCCGGAAAAAAGUAUUAUCAGGAGAAUUAAAAUGUUGUAUCCUCAAAGUAUCUCUUAUAAUAGAUGUCUUCCAAGUUGUAGUAGCAGCUAAUAAGGCAGUCAAAAGAGAAAAAUUAGGUAUACUUGUUACAAAAUCUGUAUUUACUGAAAUGAUUUAUCUCAUGUCACUAUCAGAUAGUAUAUCUGCAUCAUUAAAUCGAUUUGGAGCUCAGGACGACGAUGAAAAUGUUGUAAUAGUUGUAAUUCAUGAGAAAGAAAACAAAGAAUAUCCAGAAGAAAUUGUUAGUCAUAUUAACGGUCAGCUAACCUCAUUUUUGGACAUAAGGAAAUGCUGUAAUGAGAAAUUAAUUAAGGAAAUAUACAAAAUAGGUCGAAAUGAAUUAGAAACAUCUAGUUUAGUUGAUGCUGUUAUUAGUAGGAUAGGAGGGAGUUAUCCAAUUAAAAUGAGAUAAAUUUUGAUACUUAUGUUUACAUGAAAUAAAAACUAUUGGGUUUUUUUUAAUAUUA